CAUAAACAAACGGUACAUGUCAUGUUAAAUGGUCAAUAAUAAAUAUUAAGUUAAGUGAUAUAACCUCCAAACUUUUAAAUUUGUAUUUUUGAACAUGGUUUUUACUUCAACUUGCUUAUUUUUAACCAAAAUUCGUAAAGCACCCAGAAAAUAUCUUAGACAAGGUUUUAUUGACACUCUACGUUUAUACGUUCGAGGUGGUAGUGGAGGAAAUGGCUAUCCAAAGUAUGGAGGUGUAGGAGGGCAGGGAGGAAGUGUAAUUCUUGUUGCAAAAGAGAAAAUGUUCUUAGAACAUGUUUUAAACGAACACCAGAGUAAACGGAUUUUCGCUUCUCAUGGAACAGAUAGUUCACAAAAGUAUAUUUUGGGUCCUCCUGGUGAAGACGUUAAGGUUGAGGUACCUGUUGGGGUAACAGUUUACACAGAUGAAGGAAAAAGAUUAGGAGAAUUAAACAAGGAAGGUGACGAAGUGAUAGUUGCAAAAGGAGGAAUAGGAGGGCAUCCAAAAAAUGGAUUUUUAGGAAGUGAGGGCCAAGCAUGGCCAAUAAAAUUAGACCUGAAAUUAAUAGCAGAUGUGGGACUUGUAGGAUUUCCUAAUGCUGGAAAGAGUACUCUUCUAAGAUCUAUUUCACAUGCAAAACCCAAAAUUGCUAGUUAUCCUUUUACCACAAUUAGACCAAAUAUUGGAAUGCUGAAAUACAAAGAUUUAAGGCAAAUUUCAAUGGCCGAUUUACCAGGAUUAAUUGAAGGGGCUCAUGCAAAUAGAGGAAUGGGACACAAAUUUUUGAAACAUGUAGAAAGAACCACGUUAUUGUUAUUAGUAGUAGAUAUCAAUGGUUUUCAACUUAGCCCUCAACAUACUUUUAGGAGUUGUCUUGAUACUGUAAUUUUAUUAAACAAAGAAUUAGAAUUGUACAACGAAAGCCUUUUGGAAAAACCAGCUGUGCUAGUAAUUAAUAAAAUGGAUACUGAUGGAGCUUUAAAGAAGUUUGAAAAAGUAAGAGAACAAAUCACAGCAUUACCAGAAAUUAUUCAAGAGUAUUCAGAAGAAAUUAGACCCACAAGGAUUCUUGAAAUUGGUGAAAUUAUUCCUAUUUCAGCUAAAGAAAGUGUGGAAGACAUAGAAAAAGUGAAAAACACUUUAAGGAACUUAUUAGAUAUAAAUGCUGAAAAACAAAAACUAAAAGAGGUUGUCAUGAAUGAUUUAAAUGUAAUUCGUAAUUUGAAAGAAAAUUUAAGAGAAAGAGCAACUCCAGUAGUUUAAAACUAGUCAUUAAUGCUAAUUCUUAGCUUUGGAAGUAAUAUAAUUUAAAAUAAAUAUUUUUAUUUACAGUAAAUGCUUAAAUAUUCAUUAAAGGUAUUUUUACAUUAUUC